AUCAAUCAGGCCGGCCGGUCAUGGAUACCUCGUCAAGGCCGCGCAACCUGGGCGCCUCGCUGCCCGUCCCCAACGUCCAGGACCUCGCCGCGCGCCCCGCCGCGGCCCACGACCUCCACCGCUACCUCCGCGACGACGACGACGCUCCGGCUCUGUCGCCGUGUGCCAACGACGACGACGCCUCCUCGGUUCCCAUCGUCGACCUCGCCAGGCUGCUCGACCCGGCCCACGCCGCCGACGAGGCCGCCAGGCUCCAGGCCGCCUGCGAGGAGUGGGGCUUCUUCCACGUCGUCAACCACGGCGUGCCCGACGAGGUGAUCCACGACGUCAAGGAGGACAUCAAGGCCUUCUUCCGCCUCCCGCUGGCGGAGAAGCAGGCCCUCGCGCAGGGGCCCGACGGCAUCGAGGGCUACGGCCAGGCCUUCGUCGUCUCCGAGGAGCAGAAGCUGGACUGGGCGGACAUGCUGUUCCUGUCGACGCAGCCGCCCGAGUACCGGUCCCUCAACUUGUGGCCUCCCCGCCCCGCCACGUUCAGGGACUCCCUCCACCGCUACUCCCUGGCGGUGCAGCGGGUGGCCACCCACCUGCUGGCCACCAUGGCCAGGAACCUAGGCCUGCUGGAGGAGGCGGACGCCUAUAAUCGGAUGACGGCGGUCGGCGCCGCGCAGGCCAUGCGGAUCAACUACUACCCGCCCUGCCCGCAGGCGCACGACCGGGUGCUGGGCCUGUCGCCGCACUCGGACGCCGUGGGGCUGACGCUGCUGCUGCAGGUGAGCUCCGUGGCCGGGCUGCAGAUCCGGCGGGAGGGCGCCUGGAUCCCCGUGGCGCCGCUGCCGGGGGCGCUGGUGGCCAACGUCGGCGACGUCAUCGAGGUGCUCACCAACGGCAGGUACAGGAGCAUCGAGCACAGGGCGGUGGUCAACGCCACCCAGGAGCGGGUCUCCGUCGCCGCCUUCCACUCGGCCAGGUUCAACGCCGCCCCCUACGGACCCAUCGUCAUCCGCCCCGGCGAGGGGCCGCUCUACAGGACCAUCGCCGUCCAGGACUACGUCAAGCUCCAGCUGUCCAACAAGCUCCAGGGAAAGAGUAGCGCCAUGGACGCCAUCAAGAUCAAUCAAUCAUCAUAGUAUCUCUAAUUAAUAAAUAUAAUCCCCAUUCCCCAGCUUGAUGAACAACUCUUGUUUUUAGGGGUACCACUUUACUCAAUUAACAUUGUAGCUGUUACAAACUCCAUCAGGAGGAUCAAAAAACCAAACAUGUCUUCCUU